UUUCGCAUACCUGAAGUUGAUAUUCUAUUCAAACUACGUUUGUUCAUUCAAGAUCUUCAUCAAUUUAUUAUUGCAUCAUCGAACAACUCAUCGUUGAAAACAAUCUAUCGCUCUCAGUUGGCGAUCACUGACGAACUCGAAACAUUGAAAAAGUACACUGAGGGUGGAUACAUCGCAUUUUCACAUUUCUUUUCCGCAUCAAGUCAACCUCCUUCUCAGAACCAAUUCACUUCGUCAGAAGAUGAUGAAGAGAUUCUUUUUGAAAUCGAUGUUUCCAAUAGCAAUAGUUAUAUGCUCGUCGAGGAACAAGUUUUAAUUACAUUUGGUUUAGUCACACGAGUCACAAGUAUCGACAAAGACAAGAACGGAAAGACAAUUGUACACUUGACAACCAUUACUGGAGAUGAUCGACAGUAUGACAAGAUUAUUGAACCAAUGAGAAAGGAAACACUCCAUCUCGGUCAAGCCUUGUUAGCCCACUCUCGGAGGGCGAAAAAAGAUCCUCUCUUGGCAUUAGCACGUACUUAUCAUUCAUUGGGAACUGCAUUGUACGAAAAAGAAGAAUUCGAUGAAGCACUCCAUGUAAUCAAGAAAUCUCAUGAGAUUUACUUACGAUUUCUUCCUGAAGAUGCGCCGCAGUUAUCACCAACAUGGAAUAAUAUGGGUUCGAUCUAUUUACGACAGGGAAAUACUGAACUAGCAUUGGAAUAUCAUCAACGUGCCUUGAAUAUUCAGUUGAAAUCACCUAGUCCAGAUCUUCCAUCGAUCAUCUCCUAUUCAAAUAAUAUUGGCGGAGUUUACUUAAAAUUAGAACGGUAUGAUGAAGCACUUGUUCACUUUAAACGUGCCUUACAAAUUGAAGAACAAACCUUACCAAAAAAUCAUCCGGAACUAGCAGGAACUUAUCAUCGCAUUGGCGGUGUUUACUUUCGACAGAAUAAUUACGAAAAGGCACUGUGGAACGUCUAUUGA